AGUGCUGGGUUAACUAAACCUAAUCCUGAGGUUUAUAACACUCGGCAGGCCUUCCAGCUUCUCUCCCUCUCCUAGUCGUUCUUUUUAUUCAUGCGUUGUCUCUUUUCUUUAUAGCCUUCGAUCCAUAGCGCGUCUGCUUUCCGAAAGCCCCGCCUAUCUUGCUCAAGGCUUCCUUUUAUUUUCUUAUUCUUAUUUUCGCCUUCCGUGUCUGUCCAGGUCUCGUCCCUUGUUGCCGUGAAGCCCACCGCACUCUCUCAGAAUGGCCGAGAAAGGAUCCGUGGCAAACAGCUCAUCUGGGCCAAACGCCACUCUUCAGCGGGGGAAGGCAUGUCUACGAUGCAGGAAAAGGAAGAUGAGAUGUGAUGGCAUGAAGCCUGCCUGCCACCAGUGUAUACGGGCCAAGAAGGGUGACCAGUGCGAGUACGACGACGGGAAGGGCAAGACUAGGACACAGCUGCUCCGUGAGAACAUCGCUCGCCUUGAGCAAAGGAUACGAGAGCUUGAGGAUCCUGAAUACACGUCCCCUUCCGUCACGCUGUUCGAUCCCCACUCUCAAUAUUCGGGCUCGUCCUCGUCAUCCAGUGCCGGCUCGCCAAGUGCCAUCAGCCUCACUUCCCCUUCGCCGUAUCCCAUAGACGUCGCUGGUUCACCUCAGGCCACGUGGGGUCAGCUUUCGAGGUAUUCAUCUCCUACCCUGACUGGCGAGACUGCCUAUUCUUCAGAAGAGAGAGCUCCGCCACUCGAGCUUGCCCAGCUUCUACUCGAGAUCUUCUUGCCUCACCGUCACCAAGUCGGUUUUGGACUGAAUGUCGAUCGACUGAGGCAGAGCCUUACCCUGCCACGAUCCGAGCAGCACCAUCCGGUACUCAUGAACUCCAUCUACCUUUGGUCCUGCUUCUUCUCUCGGCCCGGCCCGUUGAGUCAGCACGAGUCGCACUAUUUGUCGGGGGCACUGGAGUCAAUGGGUGAUGCGCUCAAGAAUUCGUCCAAGGUGUUGGAUGUGAUUCAAGCUUCCUGCCUGUUAUCCAUCUACUUCUUUGCCAAUGGACGGCUUCUCGAGGGCACUUACCAUGCCAGUGCCGCAGCCUCACUUACGGUGCAAUGGGGGCUUCACAAACUCUCGCAUCAGCAGCUGAACGUGGGCGGAUGGGAGCCCCUUUGCCUGUUCCAGCUCGACCCGGCGAGGGACACAGUGGAGGAAGGUGAACGGAUCCUCACCUUUUGGCAGGCGUUCGAUCUCGAUCGCUGCUGGUCCGUAGCACUGCAGCGACCUGUCGCCAUCCAUGAUGAGAGAGACUCGUGCAAUUCGGUUAACGUUCCCUGGCCACAGACCAUGGAAGAGUAUGCUUCGGGUCAGCUGGAUGAUCGUCAAAGCAUCCAGACUGUCAGAACGUUCCUUGAGGGACAAGGCCUAAACAUGAUUGGGGGUUUCACACUCCGUGCUCUGCGGGUAAAAUCUUCGGCUUUGCUGCAGAGCGCGAACCAGUUAUCUCUGAACUGGAACCUCAGAUUGUCUGACUCGCACGCGCUGGGCGACGAGUUUUUGGCCCUGGAGCAUACCAUUUCACGCUUUUUGACGACUUUGAUUCCUGUGCAUCAGCUAGAUGGGACGAUCCCUGACGAGAAGCACGCCCUUAUUGUAAUUCACACCAUUGCGCACGCCGCGAUGAUCCAUCUGCACUACCGAUUCGCGCCAGAAGAUCCCCUCUCGCAUGAGAAGUGCUUGAGAGCCGCCAGUGCAUGCGUGACCGUGAUCAAGCAUAUCUCGGAGACCGACUUCGAUUUCCUUGAUCCUAUCAUCGGUCCCUGCUGGAUGGCUGCUGCCAACGCUCUCAACAGCGAGAAGACUCGCUUGGAGACGUCCUGGCCACUUCAGAGUAGUGCGGAAGUGCGAAACGAAAUCGGUCUGAUACAAUACGCCAUGUCGAAUCUCGGAGCUAGAUUCCCCUUACUUGGCUAUCAGGCAGCUGAGGUGCAGAAGAUGCUCUCCAGCAUCUGAGUCGUCUCAGGAUCUUGGGAUCAGACUGGUUGGCUGAGCGGCGUCAAGAGUUUCGCCCACUCUCUUCCGGCAGACUUCGACUCUGGACAUUUCACGUUUACAGACUUCACUUCAGACUUUACGGACUGCGCGCGGACUGAGAUACUGGACUCUUUCGGACUUUGCGAAAUGCGGACUCGGACUUCUCGUACGAUCUUUCACGAAACGUUCAUUACGCUUACCGUCCACGUUACACUAGUACAUUUGGGACAUUGACACUAACUUUGCGGAUAGGAGGAAUGGACUCUGUCUUUCCGCGGACUUUGCACUACUGUACGUGUACGGAUAACGGACCUUGCACAAUGCGGACUUGUAGCACUACUUAGCAUAGUCAUAUAACUAUUUUUAUUAGUUAGCUAUUGACAGUGUCGUCAUCUCUUAUAAUCUAGCUAUAGGAUAGUUCAACCCGGUGUUUGCCUAGUCUUUUGAAGUCUGACUGCUGUUGCUGAC